AAAUAUAUUUAGAAGCUUAUCAAAGCAUUAAUUGUCUUCCACCCUGGUAGUUGCUUGCCUUACCCUUCUCCGCUCUGAUCUCGCAGUGUCGCCGGUUGCCCUGCCACCCCCUACUUGAGCAGCAACUCAAGCCCUAGCAGCCAGAAAGAUGCAGUCUUCCUCGACUCUCCAAGCCGAAUCGCCGGCGAAAGAUAAGAUAAAAGGUGCGAGCUCCGAUCUGGUUCCGGUUCCACCUGGAACUUCGAGUCUUCUUCUAGCCAAUACUCCUAUCUGGGCUAAAUGGGUGCUUAGCUGCAUACUCUACCUGACGAUUCCAUUAUACAAGAGGGUACUAAGAAUAGAAGAUGAGGUGGAAAAGGAAGUAAUUGAUGUGGUAGAGAUCAUUAAGAGGGUAGCCAAAGCAACUGAGAAGACAUCUUCUGACCUGGCCGAUGCACUUCCAGCGGGAAGCGACCUAAAGAAAUUGGCUACCGAGGUGGAAGAUGAUGCUGAAGAGGUUCAUAUAGAUGCAGAGAAAGUUGAAGCUUUCAUUAACAAGGUGGAUGACGUUAAGGAUGAGAUUGAAGCUUGGAUGGAUCAAAUAGAUAAGGAAUGGGAGCUGAUCAUGCCCGAAGAGGCUAUUCAGAUGCAAAUGGGAAACAAUCUAAGCGCAGAUGCAACUAACAAAGAAGAAAAAAAUGGAGCAUGUUUGGCUUCCUGAAUGGAGAAAUUAUUCUGUGCGGAGGCCGGACGCAGAACGCCAUCGAAGACCAAUCAGAAUGCGUUAUAUCAGCGGUACUGAGCCGCAGUAACGAGCGGUACCGAGCGAAGGGGUGGCGCAUUCUGGUUAGUCUCCGGAUGACAUUCGACCUGCGCACAGAAUAGUUAAUCUCCUGGAAUGUAGCUUUGUAACUGUAUAUAUUAUUAUGAUUGUUAUCGUGCUUAUUGUAGGCAACGUGCUCAUGCUUCUGUUUAUCAUAAACAUUCAUUGUUAUUUAAAUCAACUAAGGGCUUGGAUGUAUUAUUUGUUGAUUCUGAUACAUCAUAUGUUUCAUGAAAGUGAUCAUGAUGCAAUCAAAUUUGGGUCUUUGACCA